AUGGUCUUCUUUGUAUCCAAAAAGAAACCAAAAGUUUCCAGUAAGAAAAGAGAAGUAGAAUCACCAUCAUCAUCAAAGCAAUGUUGCAGUUCUUCUUGCUCAAUUUUACUCAGAAUUCUUUACAAAAUUCCCACUGCCAUAAUCUUGCUUUUUCUUAUCUUCGUUUGGUCUUCCUCCACCACCAUCAUCUCUGGAAAAAUUGUUCAUCUGUGCGUCUCUUCGCGAAAGCUCAACGAUCUCUACUGCUUAUCUGCUGGUACACAACCCAAAUUGGAAAUCUCAGUACUUGACAACACUACUACUUUUGCUGGCAAUGUGGAUUUGAAGAAGAAGGAGAUUGUUCUUGAUAAGCAAGUUGUCCAUGGAAAUAGUACUAGUUUUGUUGCUAGCACUACUACUACUACUACUACUGCUACUCAUACCAAUGUGGAAGUGAAGAAAGUAAAUGUUAGUAAUGCUGAGCAAGUUUUUGCCCAGCAUGAUCCUACUUUUAGAGAUAGUUUUGGCCAUGAUGAAGCAGACCAUGAUGAGCUUGAAAAGGCAGUUAAAAUGGUUAAAGAUCAACUUCAAGUACACCGGUCGUGGCAAUCAGACAAGUAUAAUCAAAAAGGGUGUGAUGGCAAUGGAAUUUAUGUCUAUGAUUUGCCAACUAAGUUCAACAAGGACUUGGUUGGUCAAUGUGGAGACAUGGUUCCAUGGAUGAACUUCUGCAAGUAUUUCACCAAUGAAGGACUAGGACAGCCAAUUCCAAAGCUAGGGAAGGCAUGGUACAGGACACAUCAGUACUCUUUGGAGCCUAUUUUUCAUGCCAGAGUUUUGAAGCAUCCUUGUAGAGUUCACAAUGAGGAUGAAGCUAAGCUCUUCUACGUUCCAUUCUAUGGUGGCUUGGACAUUUUGAGAUGGCAUUUCAAGAAUGUUUCCAAUGAUGUUAAAGAUUCUUUGGGGCUGGAGUUAAUGAAGUGGCUUGACAGACAAAGGCCUUGGGCUAGGAAUUCAGGCAAGGAUCAUGUGUUUGUAUUGGGAAAAAUCUCUUGGGAUUUUAGAAGAAAAGAAAAUUCUUGGGGAACUAGAUUAUUAGAGCUUGAGCAAAUGCAAAACCCAACUAAGCUCUUGAUUGAAAGACAACCAUGGCAUGAAAACGACAUUGGAAUCCCACACCCAACUUACUUCCACCCUCAAUCUGAUCAAGACAUCAUCUCCUGGCAGACAAAGAUCAUCAGCUCAUACCGAAAACACCUUGUGAGUUUUGCUGGCGCAGCAAGGCCUGAUGCACCAGAGAACAUAAGGUCUAUUCUCAUCAAUCAAUGCACAUCAGUAGAUGAUCAAAACUGUCAAUUUCUUGACUGCAGUUCAGGUGGCUGCAGCCAACCCGAGUCGGUUAUCGAGCUAUUCGUUGAGUCUGAAUUCUGUUUGCAGCCACCAGGAGACAGCCCAACUAGAAAAUCUGUGUUUGAUUCUCUAGUAUCAGGCUGCAUACCAGUCCUGUUUGACCCCUUCACAGCUUUCUAUCAAUAUCCAUGGCACUUGCCAGAGGAUCAUGCAAAGUACUCUGUUUUUAUUGACCAGAAAGAGGUGAGGCAAAUGGAGGUGAAUGUGGUUGAAGAGUUGAUGAAGAUUUCUAAGAAACAAAGGGAUGAUAUGAGAAGGUUCAUUGUUUAUGAACUUUUGCCUGGUCUGGUUUAUGGUGAUACAGAUUCUCAGUUUGAAAAGUUUCAAGAUUCAUUUUCUAUUACCAUGAGUAAUCUACUUGAGAAGGUGAAGAGAUUGGAACAAAGCUGA